GACUAGGUGUUACGGUCGCUCCUUUACAAGCUGUAUGCGAUAUGCCAGAACUGCUGCAGGGAGAUUGCUGCUUCUUUCUUUUCUUUUUUUCUUUAAACAGCUUUCUGUCACAUAGGAUUCUUCAUUCUAUUGUCUCUCUCCACUCUGCUCAGAGGUGCGUGUAGGACCGGCCAUACAAGGAAUCAAGGCGCCUAUGGUUCUAAGAUCUCUGUCCAAAACAAGUCUCCUCUGCCUCUCUUGAAAUUGAGUUGCCACUUAAAGCUCGGAGCAAGAAAAAGAAAAAAGCGAGGAAUAAAUCUUAUAAUCAAACCAGGAAAUUGGCACAAAAAAGAGGAAAAACAAGAACGAAUGCAACAGAGGAAAAGUAGUCCUUAAGAAGGCUGAAUUGUUUCUUUGAACAGCCAAAGUCUGCCGCCAAAAUCUUAGUGAAUUGGCUAAUUUUCAUGGGUCAUUUAAGGAUCAUUUUUGGGAUAUGGACAGUCAGUUUACCUGAGAUUAAAAUGGUUUCAACUUUUGUAGACUCUUUCAUCGAUGAUGAAAACAUUACCCCAUGAUUCCUUCCUAGCAUAAUAAAUGUACCGACAAGCUGAAGGACUUAUAUCAACUAACCAGUCUGGGUGCUCGGACCCUUAGCUCGGAUGAUUAGAUUGGAAAUACCUGUUCCUCCUGGUCCGAAAAACUCCUCAGAGCUGACUGCCUUUUUCCAUUUGGCGUAUUUGUUGUAAUAACAAAGUUUAGCAACCAAAAUAAAGAUGGCUGCUGGAGUGGCGACAUGGCUGCCCUUUGCCAGGGCAGCGGCAGUUGGUUGGCUUCCUCUGGCGAAGAAAACUAUGCCCAAGCCGCCCGUGGACAAAAAGAGCCGCAAUGACGAGAUUCUCUUUGUCAACGUUAGCGGUUUUCGCUUCCAGACAUGGAAAAACACACUGGACCGCUAUCCCGACACCUUGCUAGGCAGCUCGGAAAAGGAAUUUUUCUUCAACGAGGACACUCAGGAAUAUUUCUUUGACAGGGACCCCGAGAUGUUCCGCCACAUAUUGAACUUCUACCGUACGGGCAAACUGCACUACCCUCGGCAAGAGUGCAUUCAGGCUUUCGACGAGGAGCUAGCUUUCUAUGGAAUCGUGUCGGACAUUAUCGGAGACUGCUGCAUGGAAGAGUACAGGGACCGAAAGAAGGAAAACCAGGAACGUUUGGCUGAGGACACCGAAGCAGAGAUGGCGACAGAUACACCUCUGCCACCACACAGCACACAUCGGGAGCGUUUGUGGCGAGCUUUCGAAAACCCCCACACGAGCACCAUGGCUCUCGUUUUCUAUUACGUCACGGGUUUCUUCAUUGCCGUCUCGGUCAUCGCGAACGUAGUAGAGACCGUUCCCUGUCGGCCCCUUAAAGGCAGCAAGAAAGAAUUGCCAUGUGGUGAGAAGUACUCUUUGGCCUUCUUCUGCAUGGACACGGCAUGUGUGCUCAUCUUUACGUUUGAGUACCUAAUGAGGCUUUUUGCCGCACCCAGUCGUUGCAAGUUCAUGCGUUCGGUCAUGAGUGUAAUUGACGUUGUCGCUAUCAUGCCCUACUAUAUCGGCUUGGUCAUGCCCGAGAAUGAGGAUGUGAGUGGAGCCUUCGUCACGUUGAGGGUCUUCCGUGUCUUCCGAAUCUUCAAGUUCUCGCGUCACUCUCAAGGCUUACGGAUCCUGGGUUAUACUCUGAAGAGCUGUGCUUCCGAGCUGGGCUUUCUCCUCUUCUCACUCACCAUGGCCAUCAUCAUAUUUGCCACAGUUAUGUUCUACGCUGAGAAAGGCACAAAGGGAACCAACUUCACCAGCAUCCCGGCCUCCUUCUGGUACACGAUUGUCACCAUGACAACACUUGGGUAUGGAGACAUGGUUCCGAACACCAUUGCUGGAAAAAUCUUUGGCUCUAUCUGCUCUCUCAGCGGCGUGCUGGUUAUCGCCCUUCCUGUACCUGUCAUCGUGUCCAACUUCAGCCGAAUCUACCAUCAGAACCAGAGAGCGGACAAAAUGAGAGCUCAGCAGAAAGUGCGUCUUGCCAGGAUUCGCUUGGCCAAGAAGGGAACCACCAAUGCCUUUCUACAAUACAAAGAAGAUGGAGGAUUUCAGGAUCUAGACAGUGACAGCGCUUUGUGUCUGAAGAACAGAUCUUCCUUUGAGCACCAACACCAUCACCUGCUACACUGUCUGGAGAAGACAACAAACCAUGAGUUCACUGACGAGUUGACGUUCAGUGAGAUGUGUAUGACAGAGUCAGUGGGCUAUCGAACCAGCCGCAGCACUUCCAUAUCCAGCCAGCAGGGGGUGACUACAUCCUGCUGCCCACGCAGGGCAAAGAGAAGAGCCAUCCGGCUGGCCAACUCAACUGUAUCUGUCAGCCGGGGCAGCAUACAGGAGCUCGACACUCUGCAUGUGCACAAAAGCUCUGCUGGACCACAAAGUCGCUCCAGUCUCAACGCUCGGACAGAAGACCUAAAGCUAAACUGUGAGGACAGGGAUUUCACAGCGGCUAUAAUCAGUAUACCCACGCCUCCCGCAAACACCCCGGACGAAAGCCUACCACCCUCCCCUGCCAUACCAGGAAUCUUACGCAACUCGCGCGCCAGUUCCUACACACACGAGACCAUCAAGAUCUCCUCCUUAUAACCACCAGCAAAUGAGCACCCCCAUUGCACUAAUGGAAAGGGUGGGGGUGGGGGGCUUCUCCCAGAAAAAGACUGGAAUGCCACAGACAUGCUUCAUUCAAAAUUCCUCGACAGACAUGGACUCACACAUACUGACGUGUUUUUGUGACCCUGUUGAACAUCAAAGGCACAAGGACAAUUCACGUAGAUUGAUCGUCAUGUCUGGGGUCUUUCCUUGGAUGACAAUUGAAAAGCUGAAUUCGUAGAUGAAAUCAAAGUUGUUUUAAAAUGAUAAAUCUACAGUCGUUGUGGCAUUUACCUUUAAAGAUAUGCAAUGUUAAAUCAAGCUGGAAUUAUGCCUAUAUGUCCACUGCAUAACACAGCUGCAGGGAGAGAUUACAAAAAGGUGGAAUUGAGCGUUAAAUCAUAUUGACAUUUUGAAACUGUAGAUCUUUACAGGGAGAUGAAAAUACGACAUUAUGGCUGCAAAAUGGCAGGUGGUUUAAAUGUAUCAAUACUUGUAUCAUACCUCUCUAGAUCACAUGCAUCUUCAAACCCCACAAAAGAAAAACAAAAAAGAAUAUUUCAGAGCAGUCCUACCCAAGCAUGCAUGUUGCUGUAUAGUAGAUACCAUGGCAGAGAAUGGAGCUGCUAACAUGCUACUCUCACAUACAUUUGCAUGGAACUACUUUUACAUCUGUUUCGUUUGUCCUGUUUUAUUUCCUAACAUUGAUUAAAAAAGACAGUAUUUACAGAGUAUUAAUGAUCAAUCAUGCUGCACCAAAAGUGCACAUCAGAAGAAAAAAGAAAGAUAAACAAAUAUUUAAAAAAUUUUAAAAAUAUUCUGGCAUGUUCUUUGCAAAAAUCUGAGGCCGGACAAGUGCGGCUAUGUGUUUAUAUGUGUGUGUGUGUGCAUAUGAGGAGUGAUUGGGAAGGAAUUGUGUUAAUUGAUCACAGAUAUGCAUGAAUACCGUUGUAGGUAUUUUUAUGUGUUUUCUCACAUAUGGAAAAAGAAAGGUUUCUAUUGCAACAUGUCUUUUUGAAUCAAAGUGAUUGGAGGGUGUUUACCACUGUUACUUGCACAAGAAUAUGCCGAUAUUAAUCGGAAUAUGGUCAUAUUCUUCUAAUGUAUGCGUUCUACAUUAAUCCGAUUGCCAUAAACAGAUUAAGCCAAUAGUCUGGUUUCUAGAAAUCUGAAUAAGACUGCUGGCAUAUGCUUGUAUUUUUCAGAAUUUUGAGUCAUUUAGGUAAUAUCUGAUAUUUAAUCAGAAUAUGAUCAAAUUCAGAUCAAUUUCAGAUUAUUCUUGUGCAAGUAAAUGCAGUCAUUGAGUUUGACAGAAGUAAUUAGACACGCUUAGCUUUUUAUUUUUCAGUUGGAUUAGUAAUCAUAUGUAACCUUUAAACUCUAACUAUUUUUAUAGUAUCUGCAUCUAACAUGGCUAUUUAACAGUCCAACAAAUCAUUUCAAUAAUCUGUUUUGAUGCUCAUCAGUUACUACAGACGUUACCGUUUUGUCAAUGAGCAUACGCAGCAAUGAGACCACAAUGAGGCAAUAAUACUGUAAUUAUUUUUUACUAAAAAAGAAAUGAAAAAUGGUAUAUGUAAAAAAAAACAAAAAAAAAACGAGGAAUGCAAAUUUGCACUUGACUGUGAUGAAACACAUAUUUGUUACUCUGUUUACAAGCAUUGUUCCCAUGUUAUUUUUACAGUUAUUUGGUUCUCUCUUUUUCCCCUCCAGCUUCAUAAAGUGGUGUGGUAAAUUAGUUAUUGUUCAGGUACCUGCUCUCAUUUUGGGCAGGAAGUAUUGGAUGAAACGGCUCCCAGUAGGAGAUAAAAGAGUUCGAUAUCAAAAGCACAGAGGUGUAAAGUCUAUUUCACAAAUAAAGUGAACAGAACUCCGAAAAUUCAA